AUGUCUAAUCCGUCUCGGAACGUAAUGUCAGAUCCGGCGCCCACACUCAUGUCUGAUCUGCCGCAAGGCUACGUGAUUUCGUUUUCACUAAGGUCACUGCGCCAUGAGGCACGCUGGAUCCUUGAAUGGUUUGAAGACCAUACCAGCGGCAAUCAGUGGAUUGUGGUUCUUGGUCUAUCAUCAACAAUAAUUGAAACCCUUACGACCAAACGCAACGCCCUUCACGGUGUCCCGUAUCGCUUCCAAUGGGAGGGAACGACUGGCCUUAUCAAGGUUGUCCCCAGAGGAGAACACGAGGGCGCUACAUCACAGUUCUCCAUGGUAAUCCACGAUGAGCUUAAAGCUAUGGGCCUCCCUCGUAGGGAGGUGUUUUGGUUAGGAUCUACAACGUACCAUUUCGGUACGAACAAAGGCAAAGAAGCUGACAACUCGUACUUGCCCCCCUCUCGCCAUGCACGACCCAUUAAAAACGCAGGCUAUCCAUCACUUGUGAUUGAAACAGGUGUCUCUGAGUCGCUUGGUCGGCUGCGUCAGGAUGCACGGAAAUGGUUCGCAGAUUCCGCAGGUGACGUCCGGAUCGUCAUCCUUAUCAAUGUGAGGGAGAACGUUGUGUGCUUCGAGCAGUGGCAGUUGGCCCCUAGUACUGCACCCCGCCCGUUAACCAAGAGAUACAUCGAUACCCUCCGCGCACAAACCCCCAACAUCCCACCAUUAACCGGACAGCCAGCACAGCUUCAGCAAGUCUACUGUGCCCACCACGUUGAUGUCACCAGAAACUCUGUUGCCGGAAUGCCCAAUGUUGUUGAUGGGGCUCCCAUGAUUCUCCCCUUCAUUGCAAUCCAGGAUCGCCCCCCAGGUCCAGGGGAGAGGGACAUCGUGGUAGGGCAACAAGAUUUCGAGGAGAUUACAGACAAGUUACUUUAA